AUGCAGAAGGAAAAGGCUCAAGAGAUAAUUGAUGAAAACUCAGUGGAAUUAGACUUGUCUCAAGAGAUUGAUCAAUCUCAACCACGUACGAAAAGAAAUCUAGAGCCAAGACAUGUCCAGUUAAUAGCAAUUGGAGGUUCAAUCGGAACAGCUUUAUUUUUCACAAUUGGAUCCUCUUUGGUGAAGGGGGGACCUUUGGGAAUUGUUUUAGCUUUUACAUUUUGGACUGGUGUCAUAUUUUUGAUCACCACAGCUAUUGGAGAAAUGGUAUCUUAUUUGCCAAUACAUUCUCCAUUUGCAGCUAUGGCUGGAAGAGUGGUAGACGAAGCCCUCGAAUGCUGCGCCGGUUGGAACUUCUACAUCAUGGAAUCAUUGUACAUUCCGUUUGAAAUCACUGCCGUAAAUGGGAUGAUUCAUUUUUGGAAGGAUGGAUACUCCCCAGCCAUUACAACAUGCGUGCAAAUUGUGUUGUACACUUUGAUCAAUGUAUUUGCAGUGAGAGUUUACGGAGAACUGGAGUUUUGGCUUUCCAUUGGUAAACUCAUUCUUUGCAUUGGAUUGUUGUUGUUCACGGUCGUGACAAUGUGUGGCGGGAACCCACAACACGAUGCCUUUGGAUUCCGUAAUUGGAAUGUAGCUGGAGGACCCAUUGGUGAAUAUCUCACCACUGGUUCAUUGGGGAAAUUCGAAGGAUUUUUAGCAGCUGUUAUAGGUGCUAGUUACAUUAUUGUGGGACCUGAAUAUUUGUCCAUGGUCGCAUCCGAGGCGAAGAACCCAAGGAAAACAAUGUCUGUGGCAUUCAAGACUGUUGUAUAUAGAUUGGCGCUUUUUUACAUUGGUGGUGCCUUAUCUGUUUCUAUAUUAGUUGCUUACAAUGAUCCAAGGUUUGUUGAACUUACUGCGAUUUCUUCAGAUGCUUUAUCAUCUCCAUAUGUUGUUGCCAUGCAAAAUAUGAAUGUUAAAGUCUUACCACACAUUGUAAAUGCAGUGGCAAUCACUUCCUCCUUUUCUGCUGGUAAUUCACAAGUUUAUUGUUCAUCAAGAGCUCUUCUAGGCUUAGCUGAAAGAGGAUUUGCGCCCAAAAUCUUCAACCGGUGCACAAAGAGUGGUGUCCCCAUCUACGGUGUCGCAGCCUCCAUUGGUUUCUCCAUGUUAUCGUUAAUGCAAUUGGGUAAAUCUGGAGGUACUGUACUUAACUACAUCGUAAGUUUAACUACUGGCUCACAACUCUUAAACUACGGAUUCAUGUGCAUAACAUAUAUACAUUUCUACCGUGCUUGCCAAGUUCAAGGCUUGGAUAGGUCUACUUUCCCUUACAGGUCUUGGUACCAACCUUACUCAGUUUACAUUGCUGGGUUCUUCAUAUGGAGCUUGAUUGCAAUUUUAGGUUAUUCCUCUUUAUUACCAGGAAGAUGGUCACUUGAUACCUUUUUAUUUUCGUACUUCGCAUUAUUUUUAAAUAUUGCUAUUUUCAUCUUUUGGAAAGUUUUCAAGAGAACGAAACAUAUUAAACCAGAGGAUGCUGACUUGACUACAGGACUAGCUGAGAUAGAGGAACACGAGAAUGAAUUUUACCAGACUUUGGAAGAACAAAAAUCACUUGGUUGGUUUAAAUCUAUCUUAUAUUGGAUGUUUUAGUGAUCCUCGCAUACAGCCG